UGGAUCCAACAUAUAGUGAAAAUUCAAAAAUACACUCAUUUUACAUCAAUAUUCAAAUGCUCAAUUUAGAAUUCCAAAGAUGGGCUAGUGGAUGGUGACAGCCGAAAAACACAGGCACAAUCCGCACACUAAAAGAAAAAAAAUGACACCAUAUAACCCCCAACUCAAUAUCUUGCUACGAGUCCAACCCAGAAAAAUGUUCACCGUGUGACAAUCAUUUUUGUCAUGAUCAAUCCACGAGUUGAUAACCUUGAUUAACCCAAAUACAAAACUAACAUUAUUAAUUAUCCGGCCAAGACCGGGUCAUAAACUAGUUAAAAAUGAGAAUCUUAGUGCAUGGCCGCACCUACCUUCCUUUCUUCACGUAAAAUUGUAAUCAUCAUCAAACUAAUUGCCGGCUUGCCGCCAAUCUUUUUUUUUCUACGGCCGGGGGAACCUUUUGGUAACUAAACAUCUUCCUAAUCUCACAUAUCCUUUUCUUAUUAAUUCUCCAUCUGUCAUCUUCCACUUAAUCCUCAUUCUUUCCAUAACUUGAAGCUAAUCAAACAAGCAAUUUUUAAACCUAUCCCUAUCUUCAGCUUCUUUUUAGCGACAUCAACAAGGUAAUGACAGCCUUCCCUCUCCCAAAUCUCUAGCUCUUUUUCAGUAAUACAACCAACUUAAGCCUUCAACACCUUCCAUAAGUAACACCUUACGAAAAUUUCAUAAAAUCAUAUAUUCCUUCCUCAAUCUUUCCUUUCGUCGAUCCCACUAAUUAAUUACAAUUAAGCACAAAUGAUCUCCUCCUCCAAUACCCAUUUCCCCGUUAAGUAUUCACAUACAUAAAUAGCUCUCUAUGAUCUUCCUCCGUUCUUACUACUUUCUCAUCAUCUAUCCCAAUUAGCAGCAAGGAGUUUACAAUGUCGCGUUUCUUUCUCUUUGUCGCGCUCGUUUCAUACUUCAUUUCGCUCAAUUUAGAAGUUGGUGGAGCGACGAGCAUUGGGAUCAACUACGGCCUGCUGGGAGACAACCUCCCGCCGCCGGAAAGAUGCGUCAGCUUGCUGAAGUCGAGGAAUGUGAAUCGGGUCCGGAUCUUCGACCCGAACCACGACGUCCUCACUGCGUUGGCUAACGCCGGCGGGAUGGAAGUAGUCCUGGGGACGCUGAAUGCCGAUCUGGAGCAGCUGGCCAGCAGCCCGUCCUUCGCGGCCCAAUGGGUCUCGGCCCACGUAAUCCCCUUCCGGCCCAGAUUGAAAUUCCGCUACAUCACGGCGGGGAACGAGGUCAUCCCGGGCCCAAUGGCCCAUCUCGUUCUAAACGCGAUCAAGAACCUCGACUCCGCCCUGAAAUCGGCACAAAUCACCGACGUCCCCGUCACCACGGCGAUCGGCAUGGCGUCGAUCGGGAAAUCGUAUCCCCCGUCGGCGGGCGAAUUCUCCGACGAAUCGAGGCCGUACGCCGGUCCGGUCGUGGAAUUCCUCGCAUCGAACGGCUACCCGCUGCUGGCGAACGUGUACCCUUACUUCGCCUACAAGAGCGACCCGGCGAACAUCGCUCGGGAGUACGCGUUGGGGAAUUCCGUCGCCGGAGGCGGCGGGAAGAGGGUGGUCGACGGGAAUUUGGAGUACCAGGGGUUGUUCGACGCGAUGGUGGAUGCGAUGUACGCGGCGGCGGAGAAGGUGAAUGGGGGAGGGUUGAAGGUUGUGGUGUCGGAGACAGGGUGGCCGAGCGCCGGAGCUGAGGUGGCGACGGUGGAUAACGCGAGGGCGUACGUGAACAACGUGGCGUCGAAGGCCCGUUCCGGCGCCGGGACGCCGAGGCGGCAGGGGAGUGAAGUGGAGACGUAUUUGUUUGCUCUGUUCAAUGAGGAUUUGAAGCCGCAAGGGGAAGAGCAGAAUUUCGGGUUGUACCGACCCGACUUGACGGAGGUUUACAAGGUUGAUUUGAAUUAAUUGCAGUUUUAAGUUCAACAAUGAGGAUGGGAACGGCGUCGUGCUCUAUUUAAUUUAGUUUUAGUAUAGUAUUCGGUCUUUGCUUCCCUCCCUCCAUCUAGAUGUUCAAGUUACGGGCUUCUUCAAAAAGCCAUGACCAGGGGCUUCUCUCAUCAUCUGAUUGAAACGAAUAGUUUCUCAAUAGUUGACAAGUUCUCUGGAGAAGGAGAAACAAAAUAAUGAAUGGUCUCUUAAUAAUUGAUGAGUUCUCUUGGAAAAGGAGAAACAAAAUAGAGAUGGCUUGGGAUGGUGAAUGAUUUUCUUAAAGAAAAAAAUUCAUUAUACAAGAACAACAUACUUUUUAAACAAUACUAGGCAAUUGUGAGUCCAAAACCCACAAAUAAAAAAAAAAUAAUGGAUUUUAAUUACUCUCUCAAAGCUCUUAAAACCAAAUUCAUCUAAUAUAAACGCUCUCGCUCCUGAUCAUGCUCUCACUUCCGAUCUCGCUCACGCUCCGCAAAUUGGUUACCUAAGUCUCAUACCCUCCCGUCGACAAAUGACGCCUCCUUCUUCCGCUGGGUGUGCAUCGGGAUGGAUGGGGAGUUUCUCAGUUGAAGCUCGGGGUCCAAGACCGUAUUCGUGGAGGGUGUCUUCAAGAGGAGUUGCCUAACCCAUCUACAUUACUACUUUUUGGAACGCCGCCAAAAUCAGCGUUGUGAUAAUAAUUUCAGUGUUGGGAACUGUAAGGUUCACAAGUUGUUUUUUGAGACAACUCAUAUAUUUUUAAGAAUUGUUAGUGAGAAAAACGAUAAUGGUAGGAUUGAUAGUGGGAAUGUUUUUGGAAACUUUUUAUUCUCAUCUUUCUCGACUUGGUGGUAUUUUGUGCUUAAUUUUGAUGAUCGCGUUCUCAAAAAAAUUUGAUUGAUUUCAAGUAGAUCAAUGAGUAUUUAGGAAUUGUUGCAUGGCUCGUUGUUUUUCCAAUUAGCGAUAAUGGAUUGGAUUGUGCUGGGACUCUUAUCUGGCGGUGGUUGUGCAAAGCAAGUUAGUAAUACAAAUAUUAUGAAGAAAUACCUUUUAAGCAAUUUAUUAUGAAAAUAAGAACUGGAAAAUUUAUUUUGAAAUAUAUAUAUAUAUUAAUUUCGUGAUGACCUAAUAAACAAUAAUACAUAUAAUAAAUAAUCAUCACUAACGUCACAAUCGCAAGUAGCACAAACAAUAUUUUCAAAUUAUCAAUAAAUUAUUUAUAAAAUCCUAAAUCCUUUGAAAAUAUGAAAGAAUUGGUUAAACACUAAUAAAAAAUAAAAUAAAAUUCAUCCGACCAACGGGUCUGGUAAAAGCUAGUACAAACCAGGUAGCGAAAACGAGAUUACUCAAACAAGGGUCGGGUAAAAGCUAGUACAAACCAGGUAGUGAAAACGAGAUUACUCAAACAAGGAUCAUGGCAUUGGCGGGCAAAGAAGAGAAGGAAUUGAUUUGAGAUCGCAUAAUGAGGAGGGUAAUUGAUGACAUGGUCACACAAGUCUAGCAUGAUAACAAAAUGGUCACCAAAUUUGGAAGGUGACUAACUACUGGUCAUAUAAGUACGUCAAGAUGCCAAAAUGGUACUUUCAUCUACUUCCGUCAAAAACUUUAACCGCUCAUAGCAUGCCAUCUCAAUCAGCUUAUCCCGACCAAAGGUAAGAUAGCCUAACGGUAAAGCUGCCGCGACAGUGAAGGUUUGGGAGUUGCAGAUCACAGGUUCGAAUCCAAGCGAGGCCCGUUGGUGUUCCCGGAGGUACAAGGCUGCUCGAGGCGAAGCCCCGUUGGCGUCAAAAUUGAUUGCAGGUGGCCCACAGAUUUAGUAGGACCCGAUGUCACAAAGUGGCACGUGGGGCUGAGGUUCCUGGGUAAUAAAAAAAUCAGCUUAUC